GACGCGCUCAGCUCAAGUUGGCGGAGACAGACUCGCUGCUGAGCGGACUGUGCUGCUGCUCCUGAGCCGUCACCGACGCCGACACCUGCCGCUGUGCUGCGCUGGUCCCAGGUUCACGUCAGUCUGCUCCAACAGACCCUUCAGUCGCACAAAGGCCCAGAGGAGCAACUUUGUUCCGGACGCGUCCUCCGGCAGGUGUCCUGAGCUCUGUCGCCGCCUUCGUCAGAUCUCAACUCAUCCUGCUCCUGUGCUGAAGCAACGAGGACGAUGUGGUCACUGCUGCGUCUCAGCCUGUUCGGCUUCAUCUCAAUGGCAUCGCCGCUCAACCCUGACGACCCCAAUGUGUGCAGCCACUGGGAGAGCUAUGCAGUGACUGUGCAGGAGUCUUACGCUCAUCCGUUUGACCAGGUCUACUACACCCGCUGCACCGACAUCCUCAACUGGUUCAAGUGCACAAGACACAGGAUCAGCUAUAAGACAGCCUACAGAAAAGGUGUGAGGACCAUGUACCGACGACGCUCUCAGUGCUGUCCAGGAUUCUACGAGAUUGGAGAUCUCUGUGUCCCUCUGUGUACGGAGGAGUGCGCCCAUGGUCGCUGCAUCUCUCCAGACACAUGUCAGUGUGAGCCCGGCUGGGGAGGACUGGACUGCUCCAGUGAAUGUGAGAGCGACUUCUGGGGGCCUCACUGCACCAACCGCUGUCAGUGCCGCAAUGGCGCCAAAUGUAACCCCAUCACUGGAGCCUGCGUCUGCACCGACGGCUACCAGGGCUGGCGCUGUGAGGAGCCCUGCGACACCGGCUUCUAUGGCAAAGACUGCCUGAUGGAGUGCCAGUGCCUCAAUGGCGCCACCUGUCACCAUGAGACCGGCGAGUGCCUGUGUGCUCCUGGAUACACCGGAGCAUUCUGUGAGGAGAUGUGUCCUCCAGGGAAACAUGGCUCGCUGUGUGAACAGCGCUGUCCCUGUCAGAAUGGAGGGACGUGUCAUCAUGUGACUGGACAGUGCUCCUGUCCCGCCGGUUGGAUGGGCCCGGUGUGUGCGCAGCCGUGCCCAUUUGGAUCUUUCGGCAUCAACUGCUCUCAGGAGUGCACGUGUCGUAACAGUGGCCUGUGCGACCACAUCAGCGGUCAGUGCCAGUGCACGUCAGGCUACAUCGGAGAGAGGUGUCAGGAUGAAUGUGCGGUGGGCACCUAUGGGCCACAGUGCGCCCACAAGUGUGACUGUCAGAACGGCGCAAAGUGUUACCACAUCAACGGGGCAUGUCUGUGUAACGAGGGCUUCAAAGGUCCGAGCUGCCAGGACCGGUUCUGCCCCAGUGGACUGUAUGGGCUUAUGUGUGAUAAACACUGUCCCUGUACAGCUUCACACACACUCAGCUGUCACCCUCUGUCGGGGGAGUGCACAUGCGUCGCAGGAUGGACGGGCCUCUACUGCAACGAUACCUGUCCGGCAGGUUACUACGGCAUUGGCUGCAGGGAACUCUGUGCCUGCGCCAACGGAGCCGACUGUGACGGCACCACCGGAGCCUGUGUGUGCGCGCCGGGAUUUAUUGGUGAUGACUGCUACAUCAGCUGUCCCUCAGGUCUGUACGGGACCAACUGCUCCUCGUCGUGCUCCUGCCACAACGAGAUUUCCUGCUCGCACAUUGACGGCUCCUGCACCUGCGGAGAAGGUUGGCAGGGCGUGGACUGCUCCAUCCCCUGCUCCAGCGGUUCUUGGGGACUGAACUGUAAUCAGACGUGUCUGUGUGCCAACGGAGCAGCGUGCGACCCCGUCAACGGCACGUGCACCUGCUCGUCGGGCUGGAGGGGCGAAUAUUGUGACGAGACGUGUUUUGAGGGGUCAUAUGGACUGGACUGCACAGAGCGAUGUGACUGUGUCCACUCCGACGGCUGUGAUCCAGUGUCCGGUCUCUGUCACUGUCUCGCCGGUUGGACAGGUGUCCACUGUGGCAGCGUGUGUAAGGAGGGACGCUGGGGACCCAACUGCUCCUACAGCUGCACCUGUGAGAAUGGAGGCUCCUGCUCCCCAGAGGACGGGACCUGCAUGUGUCCUCCUGGCUACCGCGGCAACAACUGCAGACGAACCUGCUCUCCUGGUUCCUAUGGACACCGCUGCAGUCAGUCCUGUCCUCAGUGUGUCCACAGUGACGGGGCAUGCCAUCAUGUGACCGGUCACUGUGAUUGUCUCUCUGGCUACUUUGGCUCCCUCUGUAACCAAGUGUGUCCCUCUGGGAAGUUCGGUAAGGCCUGUGCCGAGACGUGUCUGUGCACCAACAACGGCACCUGUAACCCCAUCGACGGCUCGUGUCAGUGCUACCCCGGAUGGAUUGGCGAGGACUGCUCCAAACCGUGUCCUCAGGGCUCGUGGGGACCAGACUGCAUCCACACAUGUAACUGUCACAACGGAGCCCUGUGCAGCGCCACAGAUGGAGAGUGUGACUGCAGCCAGGGCUGGACGGGACUCUUCUGCACUCAGCGUUGUCCCACGGGCUUCUAUGGUGCUCAGUGUGCUGAGGUGUGUCGCUGUCAAAACGGAGCGGACUGCGACCACAUCACUGGACAGUGUUCAUGUAGGACGGGAUUCAUCGGACACAGCUGUGAACUCAAGUGUCCUGCGGGGACGUUCGGUUAUGGCUGCCAGCAACUGUGCGAGUGUAUGAAUAACGCCACCUGUGACUACGUGACAGGAACCUGCUACUGCAGCAUCGGCUUCAAAGGCAUCCGCUGUGACCAGGCUGCUUUAAUGAUGGAGGAACUCAACCCCUACACCAAGAUCAGCCCGGCACAGGCGUCAGAGCGGCAGUCAGCCGGCGCCGUCCUAGGCAUCAUCUUCCUGCUGCUGCUCAUCAUGGCCAUGCUCGGCCUGGUCAUCUGGUUCCGCUAUCGACAGAGAGAGAAGGGCCACCACGUUCCAAAUGUCACCUACACCCCUGCCCUGCAUGUCACCUCCACUGACUAUUCACUCUCAGCAGGGCUACAGUGCGCAGGCCUUCUCUCCUCUGCUGACUCCUCCCCCAGCAACAGCUCUGUCGGACACUGCUUCUCUAACCCAAGUUACCGCACUCUGGGGCCGUGCGGCUAUGCUGCACACUACGCCAAGACAGACAAGAAGGGCUCCACCAGGAUGAAGAUGAAGAAGCGGCACAGGAACAGCGCUCCAGAGUGGGGAGCUUACUGUAACCUCAGUGAACUCGGUGUUUACUGCAUUGAUCGUCGUUACAGCUACCACCUGGAGCCGCGCUACAGAGGAUGAACAGACUCCUCCCCCUCCCUCUGUGCCUUCCCUCCGCUGAGAUCAUUCACCUGUUGGUCUCAAUGAAGAGUCAAUCCUGCACUUUUACCUUAACACCAAGUGUCACCUCCUUUUUUUUUUACCUCAAUGCUGAGUUGUUUGUCACCUCCUGUUCUUUUACCUGAACACUGGAUGACUUCCUCUUUUUCUUACCUGAAAACUGUGUUUAUGUCACUUCCUGAUUGUUUAACCUGAGCUGCUGAUGUUUACCUUUAACCCUGAUGUUUUUAUUCUAACGUGUUUAUUUCUUUCAGGACAAGUCUGUUGUUUUAUUUUCCAUGUUUUUAAACAAACCUUAUGAAAAAAACAAAAAAAACAACAACAGUAAAGGCAAAGUACAUGAUAAUUAUAAACUGGUGUUUUAAAACACAGCAGAGGCAAAGUUGGCCCCUCCUCCCCUGCUCACUACCAGUAACACAGAGUCUCUGCUAAGAAAUGUACUAACACCUGGGCCACACUGGCUGCAUACACACCAUGAAACAAUGCCUGGAACAGUUUUUUGUAGUCGGUUUUGUAAACAGAUUAGGUCGGUCACACUUCCUUAGACCCAGAUUAUAGUUUGCAUUGACUGAAGUAGUGGCUUGUAUGACUCAAAGCUCAAACUCAGGAUUAGAGAUAUCCGGAGUUAGUUUGUCAGAACCUACACUUAUAAGCAGUAGUUCCCAGUAUGUACACUACAUACACUGUAAUCUACACUGUUGUGGUAACAUUUCUUAGGAGUUAGGUCGCCAUUAAGCACACCCUCUGAUACCUGUCUGGCUGAAAUCUGACUAGAAAACAGUAGAAUCUCUGCAGAUGACAAUACCACCACAAAUGGGAUGAGUGAUUACUCCUGGAUUAAAUUAUGCAUUCACAGAUUUUUCUCAUGAGUGUCAGUGCAGUGUCUCAGUGUGAAAUAACCCCUGUGUGUGUGUGUG